AUGAGUCAGAGGAUGGAGGGGCUGUCGCCGGGGGCAACAGAGAGCCCAGCCCUCAAUGGGACGUCUCAGCCUGAGCCGGUGCGCAGGUCCUGGAGGCCCUGCCAGAUGCUCAACCAGGACGGAGAAAUGGUCCACCAUCAUCAGCACGCACAGCCCGCCCCCCACCACAGGUCCCGCAGACGUCCACACCACCACCAGCCCGCCCCGGUGCACAGGCCAGACCCCAAUGACCCCGCCCCUAACCCGACACCACACCCCCGCCCUGCCGUCACACGCUACCGUCGCCAUGGAGACCCCAAUCCCAGGCUCCGAGCGCGACAGAGGCAGCCAAUCAGAGAAGAGCCCAAAGACGUGAGUGACACGCCCAGACCGGAGCUGCAGCAGAGCUCCCAGGACGAGAGCCAAACGGACGAAUCACAGAGCAGUACCUCCAUACACACUCCAGGGGGCGACGUGUCCCUGAGCCUCACACCUGAGCAGACACCUGAGGGCCCAGAAGGAUCACCACAGAGUCAGCACACAGAGGAGGAGUUUAACCCUCAACCACAAGGUGCUCUGCCAAGCCAAAUGGACUUGAGGAAAGAUAUCUUGCAACAAGAAGCAGAACCAUCGCACACAGUGGACAGCAGCAUCCCUGAUGUCCACAUGUCCUCAGAGCAGGACAUGGAGGUGGAGCAGAGGGAGGAGCCUAGCUCACAGAGGGAGGGACUUGGUCUGAAGAAGGAGGGGCUAAGUGAAGAGGAGGAGGGGCCAAAGAGGGAGGGGCUAGCUGUACAGAGGGAGGGGCUUAGGUCUCAGAGGGAGGAGCUAAGUGCAUGGGCUGAGGAGCUAAGCACACAGAGGGAGGAGCUAGAUGCACAGAGGGAGGAGAUAAGUGCUCAGAGGGAGGGGUUAAGUGCAGAGGCAGCAGACGACCCGGCACAAGAGAGUGAGAUCACAGACCUGUGCUCGGACACAGAGAGCGCCGCGUCCCUCAGCCUGGACGGGCCCCUGCACAGCCCCCCCCCUCUGCACUCCCCCACACCCCCCUCCUCCCCCGACAUCCCACUUCCCCAGAUGGACCACUUCAGCGAGGACCCCAGCCCCCCUCCCACACAGGACACACCCCCCGGGGACAGCGACCAGAGUGAUGCACAUCCAGAAGACGAGGACGAUGCUGUCCGUGGUUCUUACCCACAGACUUAUGCUGACUUCUACUCCCAGUCCCACCAGAAGUCCUACCCUCCCCCUAAACAACACCCCAACUCUUUCCCCGAGCCCCUGCGCACCGCUUACCCAGCAGAACCCCCCAAAGCUGAGCCCAGGACCAGGCAGGACCACGGCCACAAGAGCUCCCACAAUGCAGUGCAGCACAGGCCCGCUCAGAGCCUGCCUCCUGACAGCUCCAUCGGCUGUAGGCUGCACCACUACGACGGUCAGUCUGAUGGAGAGAGCAGUGACCGCAGCCCCGUGCCCAGGGGCCGGAGGCAGGGGCCCCACAGAGGAGACGCCCCGGGGAAGAGGGCCUCCACUGGGCCCCAGCGCUCAGGCGUGUCCCCGGGGGAGGCUCCAGAGGACAGGACCCCAGGGGACCCAGGGCCAAAGGGAGAUGCCAUCAGCCUGGCCAUUAGAGGCAUCAAAGAGGCCAUAGAGGAAGUGAAGACCCGAGCUGUGCGCUCGCCCUACACCCCAGACCAGCCUGUGGAGCCCGUGUGGGUGAUGAGGCAGGAGAGCAGCCCCACAGAGGAGGCAGCCACCACAGGACAGGUGUCUCCGGGCUCUCCGUGCGACUCCCUGUCCCUGUACUCCUCCUCGGCUCAGGACCCUGUGAGCCCCAUGAGGGCAGAGACGUCCAGGACCUACCCCCACUCCCAAAGAGACGCCCAGAGACACAGCUACCCCCCUAACCCCAGCCAGCAGAGGGCGCCAGCAGCCCCUCCACCCCCCACUGCACAGGAGAUACGACAGUCUCUGCCUACGUUUCCCACCUUUGUCGAUGUGCCAGGGCCCUGUGACCCCGAUGACCUCAUUGAUGGCAUCAUAUUUGCCGCCACGUACCUGGGCUGCACCCACCUGCUGUCCGAGCGCACGCCCUCCAAGAGCGCACGCAUGCAGCAGGCCCAGGAGGCCAUGAGCAGAGUGCGGGCGGCACAGAAACAGGCCAAGAACAGGAAGAAGGGCGGUGAUGGGGACUCUGUCUCCACGGUGGAGGUGGACUUGUUCAUGUCCACUCAGAGGAUCAAAGUUCUGAACGCAGACACUCAGGAGAGCCUGAUGGACCUGCCUCUGCGCACCAUCUCCUACAUCGCAGACAUCGGGAACAUGGUGGUGCUCAUGGCCCGAGGGAAGAUGGUCCGCUCCAGGUCUGCCCAGGACCCCCAGGACCAGCCGGAGAACCAGGAGCCCAACGAGGAGCAGAGCCACAGCCCUGAGCAGCACAGGGUCUACAGAAUGAUCUGCCACGUGUUUGAGUCUGAGGACGCCCAGCUCAUCGCCCAGUCCAUCGGGCAGUCCUUCAGCGUGGCCUACCAGGAGUUCCUGAGGGCCAAUGGCAUCGACCCGGAGGACCUGAGCCAACGCGAGUACAGCCACCUGCUCAGCACUCAGGACAUGUACAACGAAGACCUCAUCCACUUCUCCAAGUCUGAAAACUGCCGUGAUGUGUACAUCGAGAAGCAGAAGGGGGAGAUUCUGGGCGUGGUCAUCGUGGAGUCUGGGUGGGGCUCCAUCCUCCCCACCGUCAUCAUCGCCAGCAUGAUGCACUCAGGCCCCGCCCACAAGUCCGGACGCCUCAACAUCGGAGACCAGAUCAUGACGGUGAACGGGACCAGCCUGGUGGGCCUGCCCCUCAGCACCUGCCAGAGCAUCAUCAAGGGUCUGAAGUCUCAGUGCAGGAUUAAGAUGAACAUCGUGCGUUGUCCUCCUGUUACCAUGGUGCUGAUCCGCAGACCUGACCUGCGCUACCAGCUGGGCUUCAGCGUCCAGAACGGCAUCAUCUGCAGCCUGAUGAGGGGGGGCAUCGCCGAGAGGGGCGGAGUCCGUGUGGGCCAUCGCAUCAUCGAGAUCAACAGCCAGAGCGUUGUGGCCACGCCCCACGAGAAGAUCGUCCAAAUCCUGUCCAACGCCAUGGGAGAGAUCCACAUGAAGACGAUGCCCGCUGCCAUGUACCGCCUGCUCACUGCACAGGAGCAGCCCGUCUACAUCUGA